AUGGAAAAUAAGACGGGGACUCGCGAACCCCGGGCCCGACCGAGAGAGAGAGACCAGCACCGGCGCCCCCGCCCGGACCGAGACCGCCACGUGGAGCGACCGCGGGACCGAACGGGGGACGAAGCCUGGGACCGAACCCGGGACCGAGCCGGGAACCAGCGCCGGGAGAGGAACGGGGAAGUGCGGAGGGAUGGGGACCGCCGAGGGGACGGGAACCGCCGAGGGGACCGGGACAGGAGGAUGGACCGAGACCCCCGCCAGGACAGACCCCGGGACACCAGCCAUCAUCGUGCAGCCGAACAAAGAGCCUGGGAAGAGUCCCGCCAAAGCCGCGCGCCGCCCGAACCCUGGGCACCGAGCUGGGACGCAGCCCCGCCGCCCGGGCCCGCGCCCUGGGGAACCCCAGAGCCUCGGAGGAAGCCGGGCUUCGGGCACCGCACGCUGGAGAGUGAACCUGCUUCAGGGAGACAUGUGUCCACAUACUCUGGGCCUGGACCACAGGAAGAGAAAUAUUACCAGUCUGAAGCUGAGGGGCUCCUGGAGUGCCACAAAUGCAGAUACUUGUGCACAGGGAGAGCCUGCUGCCAGAUGUUGGAGGUUCUGCUAAACUUGCUGAUCCUGGCCUGCAGCUCUGUCUCUUACAAUUCCACAGGGGGCUACACAGGCAUCACCAGCCUGGGGGGCAUUUACUACUACCAGUACGGAGGGGCUUACAGUGGCUUUGACGGUGCCGAUGGGGAGAAAGCCCAGCAGCUGGACAUCCAGUUCUACCAGCUUAAGCUGCCCAUGGUCACUGCAGCCAUGGCCUACAGUGGAGCCCUCAUGGCCUUCUCCUGCCUUCUCAUCAUUGGGGGUGUGCUCCGGCUACCAUGGCACUGCCCCCUGUGGCUGGUGAUCGAGGGCCUGAUGGACAUAAUCACCGCAGGCGCAUACAUCCCAGCCUUGUAUUUCUUCUUUCAACACCUCUCAGCUGCCUAUAGCUCCACUGUGUGUAAGGAGAGGCAGGCACUGUACCAGAGCAAAGGGUACAGUGGUUUCAGCUGCAGUCUCCACGGGGGAGACAUAGGAGCUGCUGUCUUUGCAGUCCUGGGCAUUGGGGUCUUUGCGGUGGGAGCUGUCCUGGCCUUCAGGGGUUAUCGAAAAGUCAGGAGGCUGAAGGGGAAGCCCACAGAAAUGCUUGAGUUUUAGACUUUCUAAAAUGUUCUGCCAAAUGCAAGUGGUGGAAGUUACUCUGAACCACAGUCUUUUAUAAGAAUUCUUGGCUAUGGAAUUUGCCAACGCUUCCAAAGUACCAAGCCAGUGUAGGUUUGCUGGGCUUAGCUCCUGGUUACAUGGAACAGUGUUCUCUGAGGCAGUCAGCUUUGGUUUCUAGUAUCAUCUGUUGAUGUGGAAAGAACUAAAAUUAUAUUUUAAAAAAAUCAAAACUCUGGAAUCAGGCAUGAUUCCAGCACUUGAAGGGCUGAGGCAGGAGGAUCUUGAAUUUAAGGCUAGCCCAGGCUACAUAGCAAGACCCCCCUGUCAGCAAAUAAACAGAUAAACAACAAUGAAGAACCAGUAGAGGCAGGGGAAGGUAAAGUACACUUCCUGAUUAAGGAUGAUGACAGUUGCAUUGGAAGAAGCAUAUCUUCAAUAUGUUUAUGUCCAGUCGUAAAAAGCUACAACAAUGUGAGACAUUCCAGCCUGACCUGGCUAUUCUAAACUCAACCAUCUUCGGUCAGUACCCAGGCAUCUCUCUACAUUGCGCCCUGGGAUAUUCCACUCCUUUAAUUCUAUGGAUUCUGGGACACAGUUCUGAAAAACUUAAGUUGGAGGUAGGCGUGGGCUGAGGAAAGAGGAAUCAGAUUAAACUCAACUGAGCUUCAAAGAGACCAUUCUGCAGGCCCCUCAGUGACCCCGAGCGCUCAAUAAGUGUUUUGUACCUCUUGUAAAUGUGCCAUUGUAUGAAGAACCCAGCCCUACAUCUGGAAUUCAGGAUCCACACAGAAGAAAAGAAUGGAAAUCUUUCCCCAAAAGAAGAAUGUUACUUUUGGCCGGACAACAUCAUGGGCUCUGACUGCACAUUGAAUUAUGAAUUGGGACCGUUACAAUAUAUCCUUGGUACAAGUAAAUAUGUUCUUUACUUUGGAAUCAAAACAUUCCAAAGAAAAAUUUUAACUUGGAGAAGAUGGUUUUCUUUAUGUUCAUAUUUUUCUCUUAAAUGCAAUUUAUUGAUUUAGAAGACUUUCAGUUUAGAAAAAUAAGUGUAUACAUCUGCUGGAAUUUUCUUGAACAAGAUGUGUAUUGACAGUUUUGCUCAUGCAAGGGGGCUUUUUGAUUUUUCACUUUAUGGUUAUCUUGACUGCACACGCAUUCAUUUUAUUUUAGAAAAAUAAAAAAUAAAAUUGA